AUGCCGGACAAGCUGGCCACGUGGGACCCAGCCGGGAAACGAGCCACACUCACCGUCAACCCCACUGGUUACACCAUACCCCCCGAUUGGUUCCGACUCCGUACUAACCAGACACCAGCUGCUCCGAGCGUCCCAAUUCUACCACCCCCAGUAGGCACCCCUCUAUCACCUUCUUUUCAAUCGUCAUCUCAACCACCCGCACCUCCCCCACUCGCUAUUUUGCAGGCUCCUCGGCCUCCUGUUCCUGAGCCUAGAAACACACCCUUGACUAGUCCUCCUCCUACUGCAACCCCUAAGCCAUUGCUCUUGGCGUCCACCCACGUCCACCUACUACUCCUUAUGCAGCUCGCAACACUCUCCGCGAGUCAGUCGCCGCAGCCAAACGUUCCAUCGUCACCAUCAAUGAUCCUAUCGUCGCUCAUCGUCCGCCGCCAACCACAUCGCCACCCUCUCCCCCUAAUGAUUCCCUACCUAGCCCUAAUUAUCCGCCUCUCAACCCAGCAUUUAGCCAAUAAAUCACUGAACGACAAACUCAGCGCGAGAUGGGAUGCUAUCGCCGCUCAUUGUUCGCCGCCAUCCACAUCGCCACCCUCUCCCCCUAAUGACUCCCUACCUAGCCCUAAAUACCCGCCUCUCAACCCAGCAUUUAGCCAAUACAUCACUGAACGAAUUUAG